AUGAAGGUGUCUACUACCUUGGUCAGCUUGACAGCUGCCGUCCCAGCUGCCCUCGCAUCAACGCCCUACUCUCAAUACAUCCUCGCGCCUAAAUCACGAACCCUGCAGCCCGUCUCCGUCCACAGCUCAAACGGCUCCGUCACCAAUCCCGAGAGCUUGACUACGAGCAGCGCAAAUGGAAGUUCAGUUUUCACAGGCGAAGCAGCAACAGCGUACGACUUUGGUAUCAACAUCGCAGGUCUCGUCACCGUGACAAUCGGGUCCGUAAACUCGACUUCAGAGUACAUUGGCGUCACCUUCUCCGAGUCCUCAUUGUGGAUCAGCAACAGAAGCAGCGACGCGACCGCCGAUGCAGGAAAAGACGAGACACUCUGGUUCCACGUCAAUGGCACAGGACGCUACACGGCGCCCAGAGAGAAGGGCAGAGGCGCUUUCAGGUACAUGACGUUGGUCCAUAAUGGCACGGGGAGUUUAGAGGUGACGGGAGCCGAAGUACAUUACACGGCAAUGCCUCACUGGGAGGACGAUGCGUUGGGGAAUUAUACUGGGUAUUUCCACUGCGACGACGACUUGCUGAACCGUGUGUGGUAUGCUGGUGCCUACACGAACCAGAUUUGCACUAUCGAACCGGAUACUGGCGAUGCGUUGGUGCAUAUCGGUGAAGAGGGGUACUCAAAGGACGACGAUCAGACGCCGGUUAAUGUAACGUGGUAUAACAACUACACUAUUACGGCUGGUAAGAGUGCGCUAGUUGAUGGCGCGAAGAGGGAUAGACUUGUGUGGGCUGGUGAUAUGGCUAUAGCCGUUCCUGGUGUUGUGGUAUCCACCAACGAUGUCAUCUCCAUUGAGAACGCAUUGGACUCACUGUUUGCUGUCCAGAAUGAGACGAAUGGUCUGCUUCCGUAUGCUGGACGGCCAUUUCCUCCUCAAGCUAUAUCCUUCACUUAUCAUCUGUACACCCUAAUUGGUGUCGCUGACCACUACCUUUAUACCGGAGACGUCGAAUACCUGAAAUCCCUGUGGGACAAGUACAAAUUCGCCCUGUCUUUCUCGCUCGCGAACAUUGACGACACCGGCCUGAUGAACGUCACUGCACCUAACGACUGGCUUCGCUUCGGUAUGGGGGGUCAUAACAUCGAAGCAAACGCCAUCCUCUACUACACCAUCAACCAAGGCAUCUACCUAGCCUCUGCUCUCAACGACACCGCGAACAUCACCUCGUGGCAGGAGACGGCAGACCGCAUCAAGACAGCCGCCAACGAGCUCUUGUGGGUGCCAGAAGAAGGCAUGUACCGCGACAAUGAAACCACAACUCUCAUGCCACAAGACGGAAACGCCUGGGCCGUAGUCGCAAACCUCACUCUAAACAGCACACAAACUGAGCAAAUCUCCUCCAACCUGGUCGCCCGAUGGACACCCUACGGUGCACCUGCUCCAGAAGCCGCAGAUGCCAUUUCACCUUUCAUUUCAGGAUUUGAGCUGCAAUCCCACUUCCUCGCACAAAACACCACAGCUGCACUAGCAUUAAUGCGUCUUCAAUGGGGUUUCAUGCUCGACGAUCCGCGUAUGACGAAUUCUACCUUUAUCGAAGGAUAUAGUACGACUGGAGAACUACACUAUGCGCCCUACGUCAACGACGCACGAAUCAGCCACGCGCAUGGAUGGGCAACAGGUCCUACUUCCAGCCUGACACAAUACGUCGCCGGCGUGCAAUUGCUAACUGCUGGUGGAGCGACGUGGCGUGUUGCGCCUUCGCUGGGUGAUCUCAAAUUUGCGGAUGCAGGAUUCAGCACGAAUUUGGGCUUCUUUGGCGCAAGGACGCAGGUUUGGGGGAACAACACGGUGAUGCUGGAGUUUGAGGCGCCGGAGGGGACAAUGGGAGAGGUGCAUGUGCCGGUGCUUGAUUGUGCCGGACGGGUUGUUAUGAGUGGUAGUGCCGGGUUGAGUGGGGAUGUUGUUGUAGAGACGAUGCAAGGGCAGGGAAGUGUAGUGGUGAUGGAUGUCAGGGGUGGAAGGUGGACGGCUACGUUUAGAUGUUCGGAGUAA